AAAACACACUCACAACAGCAGGAGUGAUCUCACCUCCACUCCUUCCACUCCCACUUUCUCAUUCUACUUGACUGCGAGGCAGCACGGAGCGCUCACACCGCGUGGAUUUUUAUUUUUUUUAUUUUUAUUUUUAUUUUCAUUAUUUUUACGACUUUAUUCGCAUUUUUAUAAACCCCCGGGAGGAGCAGAGGGAUCGGGGUCAGAGGGGGGCUUAAAAAAAAGGAAGGGAGAGUCAUGGAAGAGCUGACAGCGUUCGUGUCUAAGUCGUUCGAGGCGAAGAGCAAAGAGAGCAGCAAAGAGGCCAUCACAUACCGGGAGGUUCUGGAGACGUCCGGCUUGGCCCGGCCGCGGGAGCUGGGCAGCCCCGCGGAGCACGAUUUUAGCGAGGGCGCCCAUUGCCCGUUGCACGUCUACAAGGAGCAUGUAGAGCUGGACAAGGACAAGCUCAAGGACUUCCACGUCACGCGACCCGCCGAAGGCAUCUACGAGUGCAGCAAGGACAAGAAGGAGGAGGUGAAGUCAGAGGACGAAGACGCGCAGGGCAAACUGAAGCAGCGCAGGAGUCGCACCAACUUCACGCUGGAGCAACUCAACGAGCUAGAGCGCCUCUUCGACGAGACGCACUACCCCGACGCCUUCAUGCGCGAGGAGCUCAGCCAGCGCCUCGGGCUCUCUGAGGCCCGCGUGCAGGUUUGGUUCCAAAACAGAAGAGCAAAAUGUCGAAAACAAGAAAACCAGAUGCACAAAGACAUCUUUCCCUUCUCUCCAGGGGUCAUCUUGGGCAGCGGCAGUCACCUGGACGCCUGCAGGGUGGCGCCCUACGUCAACAUGGGGGCCCUUCGGAUGCCCUUCCAACAGGUUCAAGCGCAACUUCAACUGGACGGCGUCGCCCACUCCCACCCCCACCUGCACCCGCACUUGGCCGCCCAUGCGCCCUACCUGAUGUUCCCGCCCCCUCCUUUCGGACUACCAAUCGCCUCGCUGGCCGACUCGGCCUCAGCGGCGGCGGCGGUGGCAGCGGCCGCCAAAAGCAACAGCAAGAACUCCAGCAUCGCCGACCUUCGACUCAAGGCAGGACUUCUGCGGGGCCAGUGGCUCAGUCCACUCCAGGCACAGAUCACAUCCCAGGGACCGUACAAACACAUGUGGAUGUCUGUCUGAGGGCCCGGCACACACUGAGGACUUUAGUGCCAAUUAAAGUGGCAGAGUUAAGGACGGG